AUGGAAAUAUUAGUAUAAAAUAUAUGGUGCGACCUUUACCUUCAAUAUAUCUGUAUGAAGAGUUUGUUAGCAUCAAAAUACCUAUGACUUUUGAUGAUAUGGAAGAAUUCGCCAAAAGUAUGCAAACCCUUAUGGAUUUUCAGGUUGAUGUCUUGCGGACUGUUAAGCUGAUGAAUAAGAAACAAAUUGAGGAUCCAAAGGUGUAUAAAUCCGAAGUUAAAGACACGCCACAAAAAGACCGAGAAAAAAAGAAAGUCACUAAUAAUACCUUGCCUUCAUACCCUGAGUCACCCUUUCCUGGAUUACCAGGUGAAGAUUUAAUUUGA